CCGCCGCCGAGCGCUGCAUCCCUGCAGGCUGCUGGAGAGGCCAGUCGCGACCUGCAGAUCACGGGCGUGACCCGCCGGAACACCAGUUGGCAGUACCACAUCGAGGUGCUGGACGUGCGCGCGUCCAGCUUCAGCAGCGGCAGCUCCGGCGCCUCGGCGCGCGCGUUGAGCCGCAGCGCCGCGUACCCGGAGCUGCCGCCCAUGGUGCGCUACACCGUCAUGAGGCGGUACACCGACUUCCGCCAUCUGUACAACUACCUGGUGGAGACACACGGCUCGGCGCUGCGCGACGCGCUGCCCAAGUUCCCGGACGGAGGCUGGAUCUCGUAUCUGCGCGGAGACGACCCGCGCCUGCUGCACCACCGGCGCGAGCGGCUCCAGCGGUUCCUGAGGGCAGUGGACGCUCGCCCGGAGCUGCGGUGGAGUGCCGCGUUCACCAUGUUCCUGCGUCCGGACAUCGAGGAGCUGGCGUCGGCUAGUACCAGUGCGUCGAUGCCAACGUCGUAUGGCAGCUACCCGUCGUUUGCGGCCUCGAGCAGCAGCAGCAGCGACUUGGAUGCGCGCCCUCCGCCUCCACCGCCGCGAUCGGCGCCGUCGGCGCUCCCGCCUAGGCAUGAAGGCUCGGAUGCCAGUCCAGUGCCGCCCGUGAGCUCUUCCGGUGGCUAUGUGUCGCUGUCGCACCUCAAGUCUCCUGAGAUUCGCUUCCGCAAGAAGGUGGUGCCCGGAGGAGCGGACGCGCGCAGAGACCUCAAGCGCCGGAGGUUGCACCUGCACAGCCAGGACGCAGACGACGAGGCCUUCGAGCAGCGAAAGCCUUCGGCCAAGAAGCAGCUCGCGAUGGCCCUCAGCGGGGCGCUGGGCUUCAAGCGCUUCGUCGUGGGCGUCGGCAGCGGCGUCAUCGGCACUCUCGGCCGAAUGGGAGGCGAGCGAUCGGACUCGAUAGACACUGCGGAGUACCAAGGGGAUAGUGAUAGUGACAUGGAUGAAGACCGCGGCUCGAGUGAAGGCGCGCGCGGUCGCAACGCUGACUUGCUCAAGAUGCUGUCAAGCGGAGGCAGCCAAACUGUGGAGCAU